AUGCCAGCAUCCCGCGAGUCUGACUCCCGCCAUCGCAGACGUCGCCGAAGAGACGAUUGGGUCCGUACGAGUAACGAUAACAUCCUGUACCGCCCGGACGCCCCUGUCGCCGACGCUUCCGCAGCUGCCGUUCCCGUCGCUGCCGCAGACGAUUCGGUCGACCCCGUCUCCCGCCCUCCAACGCCCCCCAUUGGGCCUCGAAGGACGCGGCCGCACUCCAUCCACGUCGUCAGCUAUCCCUCGGGAUACGUGCCUCGUGAGCUCCGGACCGGAACCUCCCCUCACUCAUCCAGAGCCCGUCUCGAAUCUGGCGGCAGUCCCGCUCCCAGCAACCCGAGAUCCCACCAGUCGCAUCACUCCCACGAGACCACUUCGUCGUCUCGCAGGAAUCGUGAGCCAAAGCAGCAGGGCUCGUCCACCAGAGACCGUGACGCCGCCCACAAGCGCGAACAUCGUGACCGCCGAGACAACCGCGAGCAGCCGCGCGAACGACCACGUCACAGGGCUUCUUCAAGGUCCUCCAGAUCGAGGCCUAGGCAUCGUGCCAGCAGCCACAGUCGCAGCCGCCACGCCAGCCGCCACUCCGGCCAGCAGUCUAAUCGCAGCCGUCGAUCUUCUCAACAUCGCCGCUACCCUCCCAACAGUAUGGCCACCGCCAGAGGCGCGGUGCCCAUGAGCACCUAUCAUCUCGGCCACCACAACAGCUUCACAUCUAUCCGAAGUUCAAAAUCCAGCGUAAAUGCCGUCGUGACCGAAGUCACCAAGCCCGUCGCCACAGGUAGCGGAGUUGCCUGCUCCAUCCUCCUCGCUGAGCCCAACGUCUUCCUGUCGGGCUUUGACCACAACGGCCAUGAGCACCGGGAAUCACGCGCAGGCACCGCCCUGCUCAGAGGCAAGCUGCAACUCACCAUCAGCAAAAAUGUCAAGAUCAAGGCUGUCCAGCUCAAGCUGGUUGGCCGCGCGCGGACAGAGUGGCCUGAGGGCAUCCCGCCGCUCAAGCAAGAAUUGUUCGAGGAGGAAACCCUAAGAACCCAGGUUCUCACAUUCUUCAACGCGCUCAAUGAAGGAUGGGAGACAGAGUAUGGUAACCAGUGCACAUACAAACUCAAGGGCGGCUCCGCAAACUCGAGCAGCACCAUUCUCACCACCUCCCCCGGCGUUUCACCGGCUCCAUCGAUGCGAAAUAACCUGACGGCCAAGGAACUGAAGAAGCUUUCUCUGCAAAAUGUCCAGUCUCGCAGCUUCGGCAAGGGCGAGAGCGGAGUUGUGACACCCACUCAAGCUAAGGGCUUCAAGGUGUUUUACCCCGGCGUCUACGAUUACUCCUUUGAACUUCCCAUCGAUCACCACCAGCUCGAGACCACCAAGCUGCAGUAUGCUUCCGUCAAGUGGGAGCUUCACGCCACCGUCGACCGCGCCGGCGCCUUCAAGCCCAACCUCCAUGGCGUCAAGGAAGUCCCCAUCAUCCGACUGCCGGACCAAAUGUCGCUGGAGAUGUCUGAGCCCAUUUCCAUCAGCCGCCAGUGGGAAGACCAGCUGCACUACGACAUCAUGGUCUCCGGCAAGAGCUUUCCUAUCGGGUCGAAGAUCCCGAUUGCAUUCAAGCUCACUCCACUGGCCAAGGUUCAAGUUCACAAGCUCAAGGUCUACAUCACCGAAUCCGUCGAGUACUGGACCAGCGACAAGCGAGUGACGAGAAAAGACCCCGGGCGAAAGAUUCUACUCCUUGAAAAGACGGCCGGGAAGGAGCUCGACCCUGCAUGGGCCGCGUCCGAGGUGGUCACUCUCCGCGGCGGUGAGCUCACGGAAGAGCAGCGUCGCGCCGCUCGAGAGACUGCCGCGAGGAGGCGAGCCCACGAAGCCGCACGGCGGAAGCAGGCCCCAGAACCACUGCCGGCGCCCGUGGAUAAUCUCCUCGGCGACCUGGAUCUGGGCCUUGAGAACAUGUGGGGGUCCACCGAGAUCGAGGCCAGUGUGCAGAUUCCGACAUGCGAGAUGAUGGCCAAGAACAAGUCUCUCAGACUCCACCCCGACUGUAGCUGGAAGAAUGUCAAUGUCUUCCACUGGAUCAAGGUGGUUAUGCGCAUCAGCCGUCUCGACACCGAUGAUCCUUCAGGCACCAAGCGCCGCCAUUUCGAGAUUAGCAUCGACUCUCCUCUCACCAUUCUCAAUUGCCGAGCUACCAGGGCAAACACGUCUCUGCCCGCUUAUUCCGGCGAGAUCAACCGGCCUUCUCCCUAUCAAGCAGCUUGCGGCUGCCCCGAUUCAGCAACGAUUGCCAUGGAGACUUCCCCGAGUUCCUCGACGGGCACUCUGCCAGAUCCCGAAGCCGUGGUCGACGGCAUGCCCGCACCGCCUCAAGCCGCCCAUCUGCAUUCUGGAGCGCCGUCUGGAAGCUCGGCAGCGGCAGGUCGACAAAGCCCAACAACAUGGUGGCCCGAACGGUCCGGCCGGCCUAUCCAUCUGCUCCGAGCACCCAGCUUCAACCCUCCCGCCUUUGACGACGAUACUGCACCCCCUCCAGCAAGCACCAUUAUCGUCGACGGAACUCCUGCCGAUAUCCCUCCGAUCAUGACACCGCCUCCGCAAUACGACGCCGUUGUGGGCACGCCCAGCGUCGAUGGUCUCGCCGACUACUUUACCCGGUUGGCCGAAUAUGGCCUUGGCGACGACCAUGAAGGGUCUGGAUCGGACGGCGACGAGUCGCCCGCGCGCAUUCUGGACCGGAGCGGCCGCGUGAACGUGGCACACCCACGAACUCCUGGCGGCAGGAGGAUGCCCAGCCGAAGCAUGGAAAUUUCCCGACCGCCCAUCGAUCUCAACAUGACUUCUCUCCUUCAGCGCUCUGCUUACUCCCGCGAGGGCGCGCAAGUAUAA